AUGAAUGGCGGUUCGGGUGCCAUGUCGCCUGUAUCUGUCGAUGGAAGCGACUGGUCAGGCCUGAACCAGUAUGGAAAGUCCGAGUCGCCCUUCUCACCCACAUUCCCUUCAUCCCGACCCAAUCUAGCCACACCCCCGACCUCCGGCGUCCCCAGCGCACCUUUGAGUCCCAAUGGACCGCCUCCCUCUCUCUCUCCCUCCAACCUGAGCAGCAAUCCCUCCCCGCCCAGCUCCGUCGCAGCGAGAUCCAGUGUCGGAACCGUGGGAGACGGUCCGCGCGAUGGACGGCGGUAUCGCCAGAUGGAGGAAAUCCUGGGGCAACACUAUGUGGUCUUGAGACGAUUCCUCGCCGGUACCGCUCGCGACGACCGAGGCCAGAUGAACAAGGCUCGCGAUAAGUUGCAGCGGCUGUCACCAACCCAGUUCCACGAACUUUCUACGGACGUAUACGAUGAAUUAAUUCGGCGGCAGCAGGCCUCGCCGCCUCCCGGUCGACCACCUCGUCCGGAUGUGCCUCCUCACCUUCCUCCUCGCCCGGACUUCCACGAAAAGCGCAACUCAGCCCGCGAAAGGCUCGCGGCUCUCACCCACGUUCGGUUCCGUGAUUUGGUUACCGACGUCUUUUGUGAGCUGGGACGCCGGUUCCCUCAUUUCAAUUCGCGGGAGUACCAGGGACGGCCGCCUCCCAACAUGGGGCCUCCGAGCGCUCGUACUUCGCAGUCCUCCCGGGGCCCUCCCUCGCGCAUGGGACGGGGAUAUCCCUCCGGUGGACCACCGGGGAGUCCGUUCCCGCCGCGGAGUGGCUCCAUGGGAGGCCCACCCUCGAUGAACGGAGAUGGUCCCUUCCCUCGGUCCUUCCAGAGCAACACAAUGGUUCCGAACAAAAGCACAAUGGUUGAAGACAGCGAUGAUAUGGGACCCGAUGACGAAGACGAUGCUCGGAGCGAUGCGUUCGCUCUGGACGCAGUUUUGAGUCGACGGGGUACUGCUACGACCUUGGGCGACAGUGAGCGAAGAAUGUUGGUGGAAAGCCAGACGCAGGUGGCAGCCUUGCAGGACAAAAUUGAAAAAUUGGAAGAUUUGGUUCGUGCCAAGGACGAGGAGCUCGCGCACUCAUCACAGGAUGCGGACUCUUCAGGCAUCAGCCACAGCGAACGGCAGGAGUGGGAUGAUUUACGCCAUGAGCUUGAAAGCAAGGUCUCAAAAGCCGAAGAUUUAAACAGCUCACUCCAGCUCGAGCUUGACCGAGUUCGAACGGAGCACGAUACCAUGGAGCGGGAUUUGCGCAGUCAGCUCGACGAGUCAUCCCGGUCAGCCGAGGAUACAGGCCUCCAAGUCCGCUACGAGGACUUGGAACAAAAACACCAAAGCCUACAGGGAGAGUUGCAGCACCAAAAACAAGUGACCGACGAAGUUCGUCGGGAGGCAUCGGUUUUCCUUGAGGAAAUGAAGGCUCUCACAGCAGAUAGUCAUGCCAAUUGGGAGCGCGAAGAACAACUCUCCAAUGAAGUUCACAGACUCGAGACAGAGUCCAAUGAUUGGAAGAAUCGUUACGCCAAGGUCAAAGCACAAAUGCGGCAUCUUCGUACUUCGUCUGGUGGCUUUGCCGAUUCUCGGCCCGAUGCCAGUGUUCUCACCAAACAGCAUCAGCUGGUGCAAGUUGAUGGGUUGGUCAAGGAUAUUCAUGUGACAAAAUUCCAGAUGUCGGUUGAUGAGCUUCUGCGUAUUGCUCGAUUCGAGGACUCGCGUCUCGUGCUUCAACAGAUCAAGAUGGUCAUUGCGACAGUUCGCCAUAUCCUCCAGGAUGUGGAGCACUCCCCGAUUCCAGUCGAUGGGUCAGCUGCCAUUCGGACCAAGGUCAAGGGCCAAGUGUCCACCACGGCGAACAAUAUGAUCACCGCUGCGCGGAACUUUGCCAACUCUAGUGGACUGUCGCCAGUAUCACUUCUCGAUGCGGCGGCCUCCCACCUCUGUACCGCCAUCAUUGAGUUGAUUCGGGUGGUGAAAAUCCAGGCUUCACCAGCUGAUGAGCUGGAGGAUGAAUAUGACGAGGCGGAUGUGUCACAGGAGCAAUUCCCCGACUACUUUGAUACCUCUGCCAGUCAGAAGCGGAUGAGUAACAACUCCAUUUACAGCGCCAUGAGUCGUCCAGACGAAGAUCAAUUCCCCGUGCAGAACGGGGUCACAAAUGGUGUCAAUAAUGGCUGGGGACACGUGGAAGAGGACCACGACGUAUUGGAGCUGAAGCUGUACGUCGAAGACCAAACCGAUGGCAUGGUCCAGUCAAUCCAAUCCUUGGUUGCCAGCAUCCGAGCCGAGGACAAGCUCCCCACCGUCCAAACCCACGUCUCUGCUAUUCUGGGCGUACUUGCCAACGUAGUCGGCGCCACAGAGCACCUCAUGCACGAGCGUAGCGCCGACCUCGUUCUCCGCGAAGCCUCUGAGCCAGCAAUGCUCGCCUUAGACCAAUGUCGCAGCCGACUCGAGACUACAAUUAAUGAAGGCGAGGACGCCAUGACCCCCGAAGAGCUGCGGGAGGUCACAAACAAAUUGCCUCCGAUUGCAUUUGAGAUUGCUCGGCAAACCAAGGAUCUUGUCCAGCGCCUCGAAGCUACUUCUGCCGAAGAGGAUGAUUUCCGCCCGGUACCCGAGUUCACCCGCUCCGCCCUGCCCCUCACCAUGUUCUGCCGCCUGAGGACUUUAACCCCACCUUCCUCCCUCUUCUCUUCUUCUUCUCUCUUCAAUUGCACUUCUAUCCAUCCCGCUGCCCGAUCUUUCGCAUCAUCAGCCGUCGCCAUGUCUACCGCUUUCUUCGACAUCCAGUACCAGCUGCCUGGCCAGGCUGUCACCACCAGCCGUGUCAACUUCAAGCUCUACAACGACGUUGUCCCCAAGACCGCCGCCAACUUCGCUGAGCUCUGCAAGAAGCCCCAAGGCCAGGGUUACAAGGGCUCUUCCUUCCACCGCAUCAUCCCCGAAUUCAUGCUCCAGGGUGGUGACUUCACCCGCGGUAACGGUACCGGUGGCCGAUCCAUCUACGGUGAGAAGUUCGCCGAUGAGAACUUCGCGAAGAAGCACACCCGCCCUGGUCUCCUCUCCAUGGCCAACGCCGGCCCUAACACCAACGGCUCUCAGUUCUUCAUCACCACUGUCGUCACCUCUUGGCUCGAUGGCAAGCACGUCGUCUUCGGCGAGGUUGCUGAUGAGGAGUCCCUCCGCGUUGUCCUGGCUCUCCAGGGUACCGGCAACCGCAACGGCGAGAUCAUCACCCCCACCAAGCCCACUAUCGUGGACUGCGGCAGCGCCUAA